AUGGGGUCGUGUUUUAGCAAGGAGGCUAAAGAGAGCGGGAACGACGGCGCAGAUCUCGAUCGCCCAGCUCGGCUUCCCCAGGAAAAGGUUGUUCCUGUCCAGCCAACGACCGGCAACGACCAUGAACAGCCUCAGGUUACAGCCGAUACUGCGGCGCAAGCGCUCACCACAGCAUGUGAAGAUCCCAACGCGACAGCGGCUGCCACGGCACCGCUGGAGCUUGUCUUUUGCCGGUUCGAGUCUGGCCGCAUUGUGAGGAAGAAGCGAUUCCUCUCAGAGCCAUUCAUCGCCGUCUCGCACGUUUGGGGCCCCGAUGCCGACUGGGCCAAGGUGGACGGCGUCGAUGAGGAGGUUAUCGUAUCGCCAGAGAAGGCCCUCUUCGUGCAGACGCAGCUACCCGGUCUGAUGGGCGACUCCUGGUUCUGGAUGGACGUGCUCUGUGUGGAUCAGCGCGACGCUGAUGCCCGUGUCGCCGUCACGCAGCACAUCCCGGCGGUGUUCCGCGCGGCGCAGAAGAGUCUCGUCGUGCGAGAGAGCGCGAGCUUCCGCGUGUGCUGCGCCCAGGCGGCCGGGCCCUCCCAUGCGUUCCUGGGCAAGACGAGAUACGGCAGAAGACCAGACGACCAAUCGUCGGAUAUCGACUUUACCGACGAGGAGCUGGACGGCCGAGGGAAGCUGCGCAAGCACAUCGAGCAGAGCCACAAGGGAGAGUACAUGGACGACGGCGUCCUCUCGCGACUCUGGCCGCUCCAGGAAGUCAUCCUGUCCGACACGGUCCAGUUUGCCAAGUGCGAGCCUGUGCCGGGCGACGACUUCAAGGGCCACAGCCCCUCGCGGCCGGCGCCGUCCAUGGACAAAGCCCUCACGCUCGUCGGCAGCCUCGGCAUCCUGGCGCAGACGUGGGACACGUACGCGCUCGACGACGACAGCACCAUGUGGCACCGCCUCGGCACGGGCAAGUGGUCCUUCUUCGACGCCUACUUCGGCCUCGGCGAAGCGACGCGCGCCCACAGCGGCAAGGUCUCGCCGGCGGUGCCGCGCGCGCGCGACCUCGGGCUGCACCUCGUCAGCACGCGGCAGACGUCCAAGGGCCGCGACUUCAUCCUCGCCAUCAUGCCGCAGUACCGCUUCUACAGGGUGCCGCCGACGGCGCGCAAGAUGUCCUUUUCGGACCUCUUCCUCGACUGCUGCCGCCAGCUGCGCAGCCACGACGCCGGCAUCGCGCCGUUCCUCAUGGACUCGGAGAGCCCGCUCGACGGCCACGUCGGCACCCUGAGCUGCGGCGUGCCCGAGCCCGUCUGCCUCGGCGACCUCGCCAAGCUUUUCAACGGACCCGUGCAGCGCGCGCCGGAGCGCAGCGUCGUCGAGCUGCUGACGCUGCAGCCGCAGCCGGCGCCGACGGCCGUGGCGAAGCGGCAGGCGCUCGAACUCCUGCGCAGCGUGCCGGACGCGACGCCCGAGGAUGCCGUCACGGCCCUCGCCGUCAGCAUGACGCACAUGAUUGUCAUUUCCAUCUUUGCGAGCAAGACGCUGUGGCUGACGUCGCAGGCCGAGCUGAUGCAUGAGAUUGCGCGCCUGCAGGCGCAGGAGGACAGGGAGGAUUCGGACUCGGAGGACGGCCACGACGGGGGCGUCAGCGAGACGUUGCAGAGGCGGCUCGUGUUGGAGGCCCUGCUGCGGACGAUCAGCUGGAUCGACUGGAACGAGGGCUCGCGGGCCAACGCAGAGGCCAUGACGGGGCAAACGGCCAUCAUCUUCAGGCUGAAGGAUGCGCCGUGGGAGAUGUCGGCCAUGCUCGUGGGCAUGGUGAGCUGCGGCAUGCCGCUGAGCGCGUAUGAGUGGGCGAGGGAGCACCUCGCCGUGGUGCACGUGAACGUGUUCCAGAGAUCCUUCAUGGCGCUGGCGCCGCAAAAGGUCAUGAAGCCGGACACCAUGUUCUUCAUGAGGCAGGUGGACGACUAUGCCAUGGGACGUGACGGGGCCAUGCCGAGGUUCACGUUGAUGGCGAUGGAUGCCGACAGCGACAUUUAUAUGAAUCAGUGCAUGUUCCCUCCGGAUCUCGCCUUGUCAAAUGGAUGAGGGUGGGGGUAGUCCUUUGGUUUCUACGCAGCGAGUCAGCAAUUAUUGAGUUGCAGCUUUUCCAUCGCAUCUAGCGACCAGACUUGGUAUUGAGCAAGGGAUCAUGCCAUAAUGUUGUCUUUGCAGAAAUAUAGACGACCUUUUUACC